GAAAUAUGUACACUAUAAUAUUUGGGGCGAUUGAAAUGAUAUUAUCUCAGUUCCCAAAUUACAUGGCUUUCAGUUUUGGCCUCAAUAAUGUCCUUCACUUAUUCAUGCAUUGCAUUGGGUUGGGUCUUGGUAUUGCCAAAAUUAUAUCCCAUGGAGAACUUAGGGGUAGUUUAAGUGGCGUUCACAACUCUCCAGUCACAAGGACAUGGAAUGCCUUUCAAGCCCUUGGCAACAUUGCUUUUGCUUACACAUUUGCUGGAGUUCUCUUAGAAAUACAGGACACUUUAAGAUCUCCUCCACCAGAAAAUAAGACUAUGAAAAGGGCGACACUGUACGGGAUCGCUGUGACAACCAUAUUUUAUAUGUCAGUCGGUUUUGUGGGCUAUGCUGCUUUUGGAAAUCAUGCACCAGGCAACUUGCUCACUGGAUUUUAUGAAUCCUUUUUGCUCAUUGACAUUGCCAACUUGUUCAUUGUCAUCCACCUUGUGGGUGCCUGCCAAGUGGUUUUGCAACCAAUUUUUCAGGUUGUGAGAAGUAUAUUUCUUCGAAAUGGUCGACAAACUGCUAUUUGAUUGCCACCUACAUUCUCAAAUUUCCUCUGUUGUCCUCAUUCGCUUUCAGAUUCACCCUCUCAAAGCUCAAAGUUCAAUCACUACUUGUCAUCAUAAUCACUCUAAUCGCCUUGAUUCUUCCCUUCUUUAAUGCUAUCAUGGGCCUCCUUGGAGCAUUGGCCUUUUGGCCAUUAACAGUCUAUUUCCCAACAACUAUGUACAUUUCCCAAAUGAGGGUAAAGCAGGGCACACGAAAAUGGAUUUUGUUACGAAGUCUGAAUGUCAUUUGUUUCAUGGUUAGUCUAAUGGCUAUUAUUGGUUCAGUAGCUGGUAUUUUCGAUAGUCUUAAGCAUGUGACCCCUUUUAAGAUGGCAUAUUAAGUAAAGUCAUGGGGGAAAUCAGAAAGUAUGAGAAGUAUGAAGAUUAGUUGUUUUUCUUUUUUGUAUUGUUCUUUAUGGCUGCAUAAAUGUUGGGGUAUUUUCUUCAAGUGGUUAGCCCAUGCCCAUUUUAUCAAUCAGAAGCUUGCAUUUUCAUUAGCCUUAAGUAUGUAUUAACAAUGUAUUAAAGCUCUGAUUUGCGCAUGGUAAGAAUUCGAACUUAUGGAAUAACGGAUGAUUGUUCAGUAACUU